CAAACAAAUAUUUUUCUACUAGCCAUUUGCGUAUCAUCGCAAUCCCAAAAUUAGUGCAAAUUUACAACCUUUCACAACGUUUUGUAGUGGCUUUAAUGCACUUCCGGAUACUCCCACGAUCAUGAACUAGUUGCAACACACCAGCAAUUCACAGUAUUUCGUGUUGGCACAGAAAAAACAGUGUAAGACUCGCGUGAGUUGGCCCCUCGAGUCAUUGAUAGACAAUAGUCAACCCUUACGAUCGGAGGUAUUUCCGAAGCGAUACAAAAUUGGUGGUUUCUUUGGUAGCGCUUAUUACAGCUAUAAAUCGUCAAGAUGGUUUUAGCCGAUUUAGGUCGUAAGAUUACGAAUGCGUUGCAUUCGCUCAGCAAAGCGACGAUCAUAAAUGAGGAGGUAUUAGAUUCGAUGCUGAAAGAAAUCUGCACGGCACUACUCGAGGCGGACGUCAACAUUCGGCUGGUCAAGAAGCUGCGGGAAAAUGUACGAUCUGUGAUCGAUUUCGACGAAAUGGCCGGGGGCUUGAAUAAGCGACGUAUGAUUCAGUCGGCCGUGUUCAAGGAGCUUGUCAAGCUUGUUGAUCCCGGAGUGAAACCGUACCAACCGAUCAAGGGACGUCCGAAUGUGAUCAUGUUCGUAGGCUUGCAGGGAUCCGGCAAAACGACAACGUGUACAAAACUGGCGUACCAUUAUCAGAAGAAGAACUGGAAAUCGUGUCUGGUUUGUGCGGAUACGUUUCGCGCUGGUGCAUAUGACCAAAUAAAGCAAAACGCCACCAAGGCGCGUAUUCCGUUCUACGGUAGCUACACGGAAGUAGACCCGGUCACAAUCGCACAGGACGGCGUGGAAAUGUUUAAAAAGGAAGGUUUCGAGUUCAUCAUCGUGGAUACGAGCGGUCGGCACAAGCAGGAGGAAUCGCUUUUCGAGGAAAUGUUGGCUGUAGCCAACGCGGUCAACCCGGAUAACAUUAUUUUCGUCAUGGAUGCAACUAUUGGACAGGCUUGUGAGGCCCAGGCUAAAGCGUUCAAAGAGAAGGUGGAUAUUGGUUCGGUCAUUAUUACGAAGCUAGACGGACACGCAAAGGGAGGUGGAGCAUUAUCGGCAGUGGCAGCGACGAACUCUCCCAUAAUCUUCAUCGGUACUGGCGAGCACAUAGACGAUCUGGAACCGUUUAAGACGAAACCGUUCAUCAGCAAACUGCUUGGCAUGGGCGAUAUUGAAGGCUUGAUUGACAAAGUUAACGAACUCAAGCUAGACGACAACGAGGAGCUUAUCGAUAAGAUCAAACAUGGUCAAUUUACUAUUCGGGACAUGUACGAGCAGUUCCAGAACAUUAUGAAGAUGGGCCCGUUCUCGCAAAUCAUGGGAAUGAUACCCGGGUUUUCGCAAGAUUUUAUGACCAAGGGUGGUGAGCAGGAAUCGAUGGCGAGAAUCAAGCGUCUCAUGACGAUGAUGGACUCAAUGUCGGACGGCGAGCUCGACAACAAGGACGGUGCGAAGCUGUUCAGCAAACAGCCGACACGUGUUACACGGGUAGCGCAAGGAUCGGGUGUAAUGGAGCGCGAAGUACGCGAUCUGAUAUCACAGUACACGAAAUUUGCGGCAGUCAUCAAAAAGAUGGGUGGUAUUAAGGGACUAUUCAAGAGUGGCGAUAUGACGAAAAACGUGAACCCAACACAAAUGGCCAAACUAAAUCAACAGAUGGCAAAGAUGAUCGAUCCCCGCAUGUUCCAGCAGAUGGGUGGUAUGAAUGGUUUACAAAACAUGAUGCGACAGUUACAGCAAGGUGCGGGCGGUCUGGGCAAUCUAAUGAGUGGGUUCGGUGGUAAGUAGAUAGUAGACCAUUCGAGUAAAGCACUCAUCAGAUGUCUGCCGUACCUUUUGCGUUCUUUAAGCCGUUGUAUGGCAAUGUGAACGUGAAAGGUGUACAUUCUACUUCUCUGUGCAAACACAGCAGGCCACAUUGACAGGAUUGCUACGAAUAAAUGGUAUGAUUUUGUUAUCCUAUGU